AUAUCACUUCUUUGGACUACUCUCCCACCCAAUACCCAAUCAUUUUACUUAUACAAAAAUAUAAAGCAAUUUAAAAGUUUGGCCUAAUUAACAAACUUCACUUCUUUCUACCUACUAAUUGUAUCAUUCAUUGUUAGUGUUCUCUUGAAUCAAAAACAAAGAAAAAUGAUGAAUAGCAUCUUUGCAAAACUAUUGUUCUUAACUUUGUGUAUGCUCUUUGUGCUCAAAGCAGAAUCUUUAGUAUUUGCAGACCAAAGACUAAGUAUAGUGUAUCCAGUGAUUCAAAAAUUCAAGUCUUUGAUUACUUCAGAUCCAUUAGGUGUUACAAAAACAUGGAUAGGUUCUGAUAUAUGCAACUAUAAAGGAUUCUACUGUGAUCAUCCACCAGAUAACAAUUCUGCUAUUGCUUUAGCCUCGAUCGAUUUCAAUGGUUUUCGUCUAAGUGCUCCUACCCUUAAUGGUUUUAUUGAUAAACUACCUGAUAUUGCACUUUUUCAUGCAAAUUCCAACAAUUUUGUUGGCACAAUCACUUCUCAAAUCACUAAACUUCCUUAUCUUUAUGAGCUUGACUUAAGCAAUAAUCAAUUUUCAGGUGCUUUUCCAAUUGCUGUUCUUGGCAUGAAAAGUUUAACAUUUUUGGAUAUAAGGUUCAACUUUUUCUCUGGUGGUGUUCCACAACAAAUAUUCACACAAAAUCUUGAAGUUCUUUUCAUCAAUAACAAUCUCUUGACACAAACUUUGCCUGAAAAUUUAGGCAUAAGUUCAAGUACUCAUAUUUUUUUACUUACUUUGGCUAAUAACAAAUUUAUGGGACCAAUACCGAGAAAUCUUCCGAAAGCUUUAUCGAGUUUAUCCGAGGUUGUUUUACUAAACAAUGAGUUAACAGGUUGUUUACCACAUGAAAUUGGUUAUUUUCAAGAAGCUAUAGUUUUUGAUGUUGGAAAUAAUCAACUUACUGGUCCUUUACCAUUUUCACUUAGUUGUCUUGAGAAAGUUGAGGUUGUUAAUUUGGCUAGUAACAUGUUUUAUGGAAUGGUUCCAGAAGUUGUUUGUGCUGAGUUGGUGAAUUUGGUGAAUUUUUCUUUGGCAGAUAAUUAUUUUACUCAUGUUGGACCAUUUUGUAGGAUGUUGAUACAAAGAGGUGUUCUUGAUGUUGGAAAAAAUUGUAUUCAUGAUCUUCCUUUUCAAAGAUCAAUGGAAGAGUGUGUUGAUUUCUAUGCACAACCAAGGAUGUGUCCUUUUAUGUGGUUUCAUAGUUUUAUUCUUCCUUGUAAGUUUCCAUUUCAAAAAUCUUCUUCUGUUUCUUCUAUUCCUUAAUUUAGAUGUAACUUUUUCCUUCAUAUUUCAUUUGGGUUGUAAAUUUGCAAUUCUUUAUCUUCUUUUUCUUUAUCAUGUGUAAUGUAAUGUAUAAUAAUUGUGUUCAGCAUUUUCUAUUUGUUUCUGCAUUUUAUUUCAAAGGAGUUCGAAGUUCUGGGUUCAAAUCCACACAAAAAAGAAAAAUAUGCUAAUGAUAAUUAC